AUGAAGUUAAGAUUUGCUUACUUAAAUUGUUUUAGAAGACAAGCACGUAGAUUUAACUUUUUUUUACCAGUCAGCAUUCAAAAGAGAAAAAGAUUUGUUACAGCCUCCACUCGGGCUGCACCCCCAGCAGCCUUGCGGUCAAGCCACUUGGCCUGGUGGGGACACGUUCUUCGGAAAAUCAUUGGCAAGGAAAUCCCAGCCAAAAUCAUUUCUGAGGACAAUCCGUGUCUUGCUUUCCAUGACAUUUCCCCUCAAGCACCAACGCAUUUUCUAGUGAUACCUAAGAAACAUAUAUCCCAGAUUUCUGUAGCAGAAGAUGAUCAUGAAAAUCUUCUUGGACAUUUAAUGAUUGUUGGCAAGAAAUGUGCUGCUGAUCUGGGCCUAAAGAAGGGUUACCGCAUGGUAGUGAAUGAAGGCACAGAUGCGGGGCAGUCUAUCAUGUUCAUCUUCAUGUUCUUGGAGGUUGGCAGAUGA